AUUAUUUAUGAAUAAGCAAUCAAAGUUUAAAGUCGUUCUUAAUGUAAGACAAACUCAUCGAGCUAAUAAUAACUCUCAUCAUGUAUGUACAUAGUUCAUUGAAUACCAAUUAUCUGACUUUGUCACUUUAACUUUUUCUUUGCUUCGGUUGCGCACUCUGAGGGAUUUUUAUAAAAAUGUACGUGAAUAAUUAUUUAUUGUGGGUGGUUUUGCAUGAAAUUCUAUUUCUUCUCUACCCGACGGCUGCAGUUGAACGAAAAAUAAGACAAAGUAAUAUUAAUUCCACUGAACUGUCUCACGAAUUGUCCCAUUCGAAUGAAGAGGACGAGGUAAAUGUGAGUCCUCGAUGGACCAACAUUAACGCAGAGGUGGAUGUGGUAAUCCCAAUGAUUUUAGAUCAUUUGCAAAAGAUAAAGAUUGAACAUUUAAAUCUUCCGGAUAUUACAGAGACAAUUUCUUUGACAUUUAUUUUGGUCGUAUCCCGAACACGCUUGAUUUUAAGCAACGGAAUCGUAUAUAACGUGGAAGGAAUAGAGCGAUACGGUGAUGCUUUGAUGACUUACAAGGAAAAGAGGUUUCAUAUUCGAUUCGAUUUAAAAAUAAAUAAAUUACAGUUUGAAUACAAUUUUCUUCUUCAAGUAAUGCCCAUUGACGGUUAUGGAAAGGUAAUAGGUAAUUUAGAAGAUACAAUUAUGCAUGCGGAAAUAGCAGUAGACGUGACCAAUAUAAGCUUAGACCUCCAAGAUUUUCGCAUUCUCGACUUCAGAAAUAUAAACGUUCAAUUGGACCAAAUACAAAUAAUACGAGAAUUAAGUGGAUUAAUUUUGUCACCAAUUACAAACUUAUUCAAGCAACGAAUAACUACUUCAAUAUCGGAUGGUUUAAAACAGGAAAUGGAAUUGAUAUUUAAUGAUUUUAACGAAGGAGAUCCUCUACAACUUCGAACGUUCGCAAAGCAGUUGCUAGCCGGAUUGAUAAGUUAAUUUGAGUGUUGUUAGACAUACUUAAUCAGGGUUGUUGUGGAAACCAAAUCAGAUUUAGUUAGUUUUUGGAAUAAUUCGUUUUAAAUACUCAUUAAAAAGGUAAAAUUGGAUAAAGUCGUGCAUUUAUGCAGUUUGUAUUUUAUCAUAGUAAGAACGUGACGAAAGCAAAAAGUAGUAAAUUAGUAAUUACAUAUAAUGUAAUUUAGUGUUUAUCGGGAAAUUUACAUAUUCACAAAACAAAUCUGACUAAAAACAGAUGUAAUAUAAAUCUACUUUACCCUUUUAAUAUAAAUUUACUUUAUCUCUGUCUACGCUUAAUUUCGCUUCUGAUAGUAAAAUGAAGAACGAAUAAAGUUAAAUUCUAUUAUCAAAUACCACAUCAACUCUGACUAUGAGUCACAUGUAUUUGAAACUCCUUCAUAUUUUAUAUAUUUUUUAAUACAUACGGUAUUAGACCAAGCGGAAAAUCAGUGGAAUGCCUUUUUUGAAUCGAAUAGGUUAUAUCAAAUCAUUGCAAAAUUAAAUAAACUAUAUAUGAUAUGUAGCUAUGCAUGUCACUACGCGAAAUGUAUCACAUAAGCCUAUAAGUAAUUUUUUU